GACCCACCCAUGAUACAUAUAUACAAUUGCCCGAGCCAAUCCGAUUCUCGAAGUCGAGGGUCGGCAGCACUGACAUUCUCGGAUACGACCUCUACAGUGAUUUUGAGUGGCUGGUAUGUCCCCUAGCCCUCUCUGUGUGCGUCGCAUAUAACAGCGAGGUUAUCCCUAACGCAAUGGCAAGGCCAUGUCGUAUGCCGUCCCCUCCAGCGGCAUCCUCUGUCUGGAGCUUCUGCGACAAGCCGCCAACCCUCAAAGAUAUUAUUUACGCCUUGAAUGGAUCCAGACCGAGGCUUCCGGCGGGAACAUGGCGUCUCUAAUCCAGAAGAUUCUGAGUCGAUUCCUGGAGCGAAUUCUUGAUCCGCCGGGAAUUGGGCAAUCGCAGCCUAUUGUACCUUUCCUGGAGAAUGGAUUCCCGGAUUAACCGCAUUUGGAGCUGCUGAACACAUUCGACUGGAUCGAUUGGGAUGGGAUGGGGGUGCUUGUGAGUGAU